UGUUUAGAAACAAUUUCAAAAGACAGAGUUUGUUCACCUUUGGUUGUGAAAUGGUAACAUGGUACUGUGGAUCAUGUGUUCAUGUUGUUAUUAAGAAAGUUAGUCUUUGCUAUAAAGAGAAGCAGUAAUGUGUGUGUGUCUUAGUUAGAAGAACAGGUACCAUGGUGAUAAUGAAUCACUUGAGUGUAGAGGACCCAGACGAUGGCUCUCCACUGCUGCCCGAGGCUGCGGAGGAGGCAACGCCAACGCCUGACUUUCACAGACAGCGAGCGCUCACAAAGACUGAGUCCAGGGAAUUUUUCCUCAGCAGGAGUGAGAACCUUGCCUUCAGUCUGGUGCUGCUGAUCGGAUGCUACUCAGCUAUUUUGAUCCCUGCCUACUUACCCUUGGAUAAAGUGGCAACUCAUAGCGAUGACUACCAAUAUCCCAAAGAUGUGGUCUUACUAAAUAGGUCAGCCUCCCUUCUGUCAGGGCCCUGUCUGCCUCAUUGGUGUCUGAACCACCUCAAGCCCCUGUCCUGUUCUGCAGGCCUCCUAGACAUCCCCGUGUUUGUGCAGCAAAACAGGCAUGUGCCCUGGGAUCUGUCCCCUCCUCUGGGACUCCAGGGCAGUGAAGAGCAUCUGGCCCUGGCUCUUGCCUCCCUGCCUCAGCCUGGCCUGCCUCCAUCACUAAGAGGCGAAGGCAGAUGCAGGCGAUGUGUGGUGGUGGGAAACGGAGGGGUUCUUCAUGGGAGCCAUCUUGGAUCCCAUAUAGAUCAGUAUGACAUCAUUAUCAGGCUGAAUAAUGCUCCAGUUCCUGGCUUUGAGAAAGAUGCUGGUUCCCACACCACCAUCCGUCUGAUUUACCCAGAGGCAGCGCCUCACUCCGCAAACGAGUACAAAAAGACCACCAUGGUUGCUCUGGUGGUCUUUAAGAGCCUGGACCUGGACUGGCUCACUGCUGUCAUCACCAAACAGCGUCUGAGCUUCUGGUCCAAAUUAUGGUUCUGGAGGGAGGUGGUGGAUGAGAUUCCCCUGAGGCCGGAGAACUUCAGGAUCCUCCACCCGGAGAUUAUUCACAAGACAGGACAGGCCCUACAAAAAUAUACUCAGAAACAGGGAAAUAUGCUGCCAACACUAGGUGCCAGUGCAGUGGUGAUGGCUUUACAGCUGUGUGACCAGGUGAGCCUGGCAGGGUUUGGGUACGAUAUGCAGCACCCCGAGGCCAGGCUUCACUACUAUGAGGCCAUACGCAUGAGCGCAAUGAAGUCUCAGGUGGUGCAUGACGUCAGUGCUGAGAAACUCUUUUUGAGAGACCUGGUGGCUUCAGGAGCUGUGACUGACCUCACAGGAGCUCUGUGAGUCCGCGGGGGAAAGGACUGAUAAUAUACUGAACUCCACCACCCCUCCCUCUCACUGUGAGCUGGUAUGGGGUCAUUUAUAACUGUCCCCGGCUGGAAGAAUCCUACACAGCGUGGAAUGACCUUUAAAAUGCUCACCAGUGUGUCCAGGGUUGACUGAUUUAACUCUAAAGGUUAAACAAGCUCAUGAUUGUAAAAUCUAACCUAUACAUAUCCAAUUUAAAUUAUUUUAUUAAAUCAGCAGCUGUUAUUAGUCAUAUGGAUGAAUAAUUGUGCCAUCACACAUAGUAACUCGCUCAACGAUUAGCUUUGUAAAAUGAAUGCAAUGGUGAGUGGUUCAAAUAGUGCUAUUUCAAUUCUGUUUACAACAACUCAAACGAGUGAAUGUGAGACUACUGAUACUUAUUGUAAAAAUA